AUGUCUGCCACAUUCAAUUUUAAGAAUAUAUUUCCCACCUGUUUGGAUGAUUAUAAUAAUAAUAUAAGCAAUAGCUCAAGGGAAAUUAAUUCAAAACGUGAAAAUGAGUGUAUCACUAUUACAAAUAUUUUAGGUUUUCACAAUAGCAAGGACACUUUUAUGCCAAAUUGUAAAGAUAUUAUUAUAUAUUUAGACUAUAUAGAUAAUAAUUCAAGUUCUUUUGAUAUAAAUCCAAGUUGCAAAUAUUUCAACUAUAAACUAAAAAAAUUACUAAGUUCUCAUAAAUCCAAUAUCCAAAGCACUAAAGUUUUCUACAAUAAUAUGAUUAAUAUCACGAAUUCAAGAAUUUAUAAGAAUGUUCCUGGUAUAUGCAUGAACUAUUUUGAUGAACUUGAUGACAGUACAUUUACCAUAUUAGACAAACUUAAUAACCUAUAUAGUAUAUUAAAAAGAAAUGGUAAUGAAUGCCCUACUGAGAGUGAAUGUUAUGAGAAGUUCAUGGAACUAUCAAAUAUAUAUGGUAGGGUAAAUAACGAAAGUCUUCGUGAAAUACUAAGUAAUUUUAGAAAAGAAAAUAUAAAAAUUAUAGAAAAUAUAGAAAACGUGGUACAAGUUAAUUCAAAAAAAGAGGUUCAUGCAGUUUCACAUCACACAUCUGGAAUUAAUGCACGCACUAUUAUUUUAUUUACAAUACACGUAAUUACUGAAAAAUUAUAUAAGAUAUCUAAUACACCUAUAAAUAUAUAUAUAAAAAUUUUCCUAAAUUAUCAGUAUACUUCUUAUGUAUCUUUUUUACAUCCAAUAUCAAGUAUAAUAAGGAUAAUGUGGAAUAGAAAAAAUAAAACCGAUAUAAAAUUAUUUGACUCUUUUGAAAAUAAUUAUGAAGAAUUAAUUGAUAAAAGGUCUCAAAUAUCAUACAAUGCAUUACAAUAG